CAAGGCAAACGUUUGCAAUUGUUUGUAUACUUCUGGAAAGAAACCACUUCCCCGAUUACCAUGGCUGACGUUCGUGACAUUCUUGACCUGGAGCGCCCAGUGACACCUGAACUAACGAAAGAAUCAUUGUUGUCGAAAAACAAAAAGAUCUAUGAAAAGAAAUUGGCUGUCAAACGCCCAGAGGGCAUGCACCGUGAAGUAUUCGCACUACUCUACAAUGAUAACAAAGAUGCCCCUCCAUUACUUCCGACGGAUACCGGCUCCGGCUACAAACAAACCAAAGCUCGACUUGGCAUGAAAAAAGUGCGCCGUUGGGAGUGGGCUCCGUUCGAGAAUCCCGCACGUAACGACCGGGCUGUCUUUCACCACUGGAAGAGGAUUGCCGAUGAAACGAAGGAAUAUCCGUUUGCGAAAUUCAACAAGCAGCUUGACAUCCCUAGCUAUAACAUGAACGAAUACAACACCCACUUGAAGACGAAUCCUACCAAGUGGAGCAAGCCUCAAACCGAUCAUUUGUUUGAUUUAGCCAAAAGGUUCGACGUGCGGUUUAUCAUUAUGGCCGAUCGGUGGGAUCGUGCCAAUUACGGUAGCAAAUCUGUGGAGGAUCUUAAGGAGCGUUACUAUGAAGUGGUUGGGAUUCUUAGCAAAGUGCGCGGAACACCGGAAAAGAAAGUGUACAUGUUUGACGCAGAGCAUGAGCGCAGAAGAAAAGAACAACUUAAAAAACUUUUCGACAGAACACCUAAACAGAUCGAGGAGGAGCAAACUUUACUGAAUGAACUGAAGAAAAUCGAAGCCCGCAAAAAGGAACGCGAGCGCAAGACACAAGAUUUGCAGAAAUUGAUCUCGCAAGCUGACCAACAGCAAACAGAUCAGCAACAGCAACAUGCUACCAGUGCUCAUAAGAAGCACGACAAGAAGCUUACCAAGAAGAAGAUUCAGCAACAACCUCGUCCUUCUAAGGUUGACUCAGUGGUUAACGCCGUCGAGAGUGCCGGCAUUAAGUUCACUGAUUUGCGUGGGACGGGAGUUUCCCUGCGGUCGCAAAAAAUGAAGCUUCCUGCCAACGUCGGGCAGAAGAAGGCAAAAGCUUUGGAACAGGCUCUGCAGGAGUUCAAAGUUGAUCCGAAUCCACCACCGAUAGAGGACAUUUGCAUUGCUUUUAAUGAGUUGCGCUCCGAUAUGGUUCUGCUGUGUGAGCUGAAGACUGCGCUUGCCACAUGUAACUUCGAGUUGGAAAGCCUGAAACAUCAAUAUGAAGUACUUUGUCCGGGAAAGACACUUAAUAUCCCCGCGGCGUUGAUAAGCCCUCCCACUGAGGAUUCAUCUGGGGCAGCUGAAGCGGGAGACGUAUCUGCGUUAAUUUAAGAAAGCAAUGUAAGUCUUCAUAAAAGUUUUCCAUACUUAGGUGUAGAUUUCAUGCAUAUGUUUGACGGAGGCAUCGAACGUAAAAUAGAAUAGAAGUGAUUAAUACAUAAGCGCAAAUCAGUAGACUUUGUUUAAUGUCCGAAAAUAAUUGAACAUAUGGAAUGAACUUCCAGUAUUGCAUCUCUUAUGGCGGGUUUACAUUAGGGAGAUCUAUAGCUAUAGAUGGAUUUAUUCAGCCGAAAAUAGAUGUAAACGGAU